CACCGCGCCGGCCCUGUGGACGUGCGCUCGCUGCCUUCGGGGCUCCUGGGCCCUGAGAUGCGCGGCUCCUGGGCCAUUGCCUGCUCCAGGUGCGUGAGGAGAACUUCCGAAACCUGGACAUCUGUGGAGUUUAAAAACACUAUGGAGUGCAUCACAGUGCGUCACUAAAGAAUAUGAUGGCUGAAAACAAUGUUAAAAUGCUAAAGAUUCAACAAUGUGUAGUUGCCAACAAACUACCUAGGAACAGGCCAUACAUUUGCAAUAUUUGCUUCAAGCACUUUGAAACACCAUCAAAAUUAGCUAGGCAUUAUCUCAUUCAUACAGGUCAAAAGCCAUUUGAAUGUGAUGUCUGUCAUAAAACCUUUAGACAACUAGUUCACCUGGAGAGGCAUCAGCUAACUCAUAAUCUGCCUUUUAAAUGUAGUAUUUGUCAGCACCACUUUAAAAAUCUGAAGACGUUUGUGAAGCACCAACAACUUCACAAUGAAACCUGUCAGAAUGAUGUUAAACAGGUCAGAAGACUGCUGGAGGCUAACCAAGAAAAGCCAGUGUACGGAGUUUAUAAUACUUUUACCCCAGAGGAAAGAUGGGCUUUAUACCCAUGCUCUAAGUCUGAUCCCACAUAUAGCACUACGAAGAAAAGAAAGAAUGUUCAUGCAUGUACAAUCUGUGGCAAGAUGUUUCCAUCACAGUCAAAACUUGAUAGACAUGCACUUAUUCAUACUGGCCAGAGGCCUUUUAAAUGUGUCUUGUGCAGUAAAUCUUUCCGACAGUCAACUCAUUUAAAAAUCCACCAACUCACACAUUCAGAAGAAAGACCUUUUCAAUGUUGUUUUUGUCAAAAAGGAUUUAAGAUUCAAAGCAAGCUUCUGAAGCAUAAACAAAUCCAUACUAGGAAUAAGACUCAUUCAUUAAAGGCAAGAAGUCCAGAAUCAUGCCCCCUGCCUAAUAAAUUUAAUGCAAAGCAAGAUAGUUUUGAAAAUGGUGAUGUGGGUGAAUCUGAGGAGAAUAAUCCACUUGAAGUCCACUCUAUUUAUAUCGUCCCUUUUCAGUGUCCAGAGUGUGAAGAAUGUUUUGAAUCAGAGCAGAUUCUCAAUGGACACAAGUGUUUUCCUGCCAGAGGUGGCAAAAUUCCAGGCAGGCUCAAAAGAAGCUACAACUAUAAAACCAUUGUUAAAAAAAUCUUGGCCAAGCUUAAACGUGCUGGGGGUAAGAAAUUAGGUAACUUUCAGUCUGAGAAAAAACUAUUGAAAAACAGUUUCUUGAAAAAUUGUGAUCUUAUUUCUGGUGAACAGAACUCUGAUCAUACCCAGAGAACAUUUUUAAGUUCUCUUGGCAAACAUGGAACAUGUAAGACAGUUGGCAAUAAAAAGAUGAAAACAUUGACUUUGCCAUUUUCUUGGCAAAAGCAAUUCCAGAGCCAAAAUAUGGGCAAAAAUUUGAAAGAUAUUCUGGCGACAGAAAACAUGUUAACUAUAGAUAAUUCAGUGAAUAAUAAAGACAUAUCAAUCUAUGGCUCAUCAGGUGAGGAAUUCUUUAAUAACUGUGAAGUGCUUCAGUGUGGUUUUUCAGUUCCGAGUGAAAACAUACAUACUGGACAUAAGAUAUGUCCUUGUGACAAAUGUGAGAAAGUAUUUCCUUCUAUAUCCAAACUACAAAGACAUUAUUUAAUUCAUACUGGACAGAGGCCUUUUGGCUGUAAUGUUUGUGGAAAAUCUUUUAGACAGUCAGCUCACUUAAAAAGACAUAAACUGACUCAUAUUGAAAAGAUUCCUUAUAGAAGAUCUCUUUGCCAUGCAGAAUUUGGACAUUUAAAUAAACUUUUCAUUCAUCCAGGUGAUAAUAUUAACUGUAAUCCAUCCCAACAAUGUCAAGCUCUUGGCUUUCAAAAGUAUGAGGUCUCAGAACCAGAGCCAAUAUCAGAAAUAAAAGUUCAGGCAGAAUCACAGGAUUUUAUUCUUGGUAGCCACUGUAGGAACAAGCAGCCCUAUUUCUCUAAUGUACUUUUGGAAUCAGAGCAGAGCCAUCUUUGUUGUAGCUAUUCAGGGCGUCCUGAGAGAAAUGAUGGCCUUCUUUACCAAUGCAGUGUUUGUUCUAAAAGUUUCCGAUCUCCAUCUAAACUGGAAAGACACUAUCUAAUUCAUGCAGGGCAGAAACCAUUUGAAUGUUCAGUUUGUGGCAAAACAUUCAGACAAGCUCCUCACUGGAAGAGACAUCAACUUACUCACUUUAAAGAACGACCACAAGAGAAAGUAUUGUCUUAAAUUCACUUACAUAAGUGACAAAUCACUAAUAUAUUUUUGGUCUCUGGCAAGCUUGUUCUGAAAGCCUAUAUUGUUUAAAAUGCAUUUUUAUCAAAAGAUCUUCAUUAGAUUGAAUGAUUUCAUAGGCAGUUAACUUGUCCUGCAUAGUAAGGCAGUAAGAUAUAUAGAAAAUCAAUACAGUGUUUUAGAAUUAGCCAAAUUAAUAUUUUAGAGAGAAGAACAUGAUUUGAUGUUAUAAACAUUGUAUUUUAAUAUAAACUUGUUUUGGCUAUAUUGAAAAUUAUAAAUCCACCAUGCUGUGCAAAUAACAGUCUCUUUCAUACUCCUUAAGACAUGCCAUCUCUUUUUAGGUAUAUACAAAAGACAGAGAGGCAAAAACUGGUCUUUUAGCUACAGCAAAUAGCCCCACUCUAUUUCAUUUAUUUUGCAUUUCAUAGGAAAGUAUAAUUUUUUCACCUACAGUUCAAGUUGUAGUACAAAUCUUUUUUAAGUUUAAAAAAAUACAGAGGCAGUAAAAGUGAAAAUGGAUGAAAAAAAUUAUACCAUUAUUUUCAUUGGCCUUUUCAAAGCUAUAUAUGUGAUAAUUCAUAUUCUUUUCUUCAGGUAAUGCAGAUUUUUUUGUUUUCAUUCUUUGCCCAGGCUGCUGUUGUGUUUCCCAAAAAAAUGUAAAAGUAGUAAGGAGACUCGGUGCACCUAUAUACAUUUAUUAUGUUUACUUUCCAGUAAGACUUUCUAAGUGCCAUAAUCUUUUUGAUAAUAUGUGUGUAGUUUUAUCUAUUCAGAGGAAUAAAUGCAAUUCUUACAUUUGUUAAUGGGUGACAACAGUAGUCAUAGACUUAAAACUCUCACUGAGAGAUUUGCAUCUCCAUAAGACUAAUAUUUAUUUUAGUAAAAUUUUGCUUUAAUACCUGUUUAAUUGAGUGGCCCUAUGAUUUAACUAAAUUUAUUCUAGGUUUGAUAAUUGGUAGUGACUAGGUCUAGUUUUAGUUAUUAUUUCCCUAUAUUUUUGCAAAACUAAUACUAAAGAAGGUUAUUUUGGUUCUUAUUAAAUUGCUACUUUAAUUAGUAAGGUAAUUAUUCCUGUAUAGAAAAAAUUCUUAUAGAGUUAAGGGUAUCAUUCUUCUAAACAUGAUUGUCAUGAUUUGAGAAAUAUUUUAUUCUAAAUAUAAAAGUUCAUAAUCAUAAAUUGUCCUUCAUAUUUGCCAUUGUUUAUGCAAUCUUUUAAGAAUGAUCUAACAAUAAAAGAAAUUAAACAUUGUGUUUCUAAGGUGAAAAGGAGAGGUGGAUAUUUAUCCUAGCACACUGUAAUAAAAAGUCUUCUAUUGAGAAUUUGGAUAGCUGAACAAUUGUAAGUUUAUCAUAUUCUAAGAACUGUCUUUUGCUGGAGGUAAUGGGCAUAAAUUGGGGAGGUGAUCUGCUUGCUGCUUUUACUCUAAGUGAAUAUUAAAUAACUUGGGUUUAAUUUAUAGAUGAAACAUGAAAGUACAAAUAAAAUACCCAGUGCUGUA